CCGCAACAAACACACUGAACCAUAAAAGGACACGCAGGUCCGUGAGCCGACUCUCAAUAAGCCGCAGAAGCCGAGGAGGAGCUCCGCGGGGCGGCAGGGGCCCGCCAGAGAGUCCGGAGAGCCCGAGCCGAGCCCACACCUGCUGCUGCCCGCGCAGCCGGGACUGGAACCUCAUCCUCUUGUCUUUGCACGACUUUUCUGCAACUUUGACUGAUUUAAAAGGAGGACUAUGAGAAAGAGGAGCAGUUAUUGGGGGCCAGGAUCCAGUCUAAGUGAUUAAAAAGUUAAAGUGACUUGUCCGUCAUGAGUCUGUGGAGCAACGGCUCCCUGGCGGAGCUGCCGGACUCCAACUCCUCCAACCGCAGCGACGGCUCGCCGCCGCGCGGGCCCCGGGGCGUCGUGCCGCCGCUGGACCUGGCCCGGGCGAUCCCGGUGGGCAUGGUGCUGGCCUCUUUCAUCACCUUCGCCAUCGUGGGGAACAUCCUUGUCAUCCUGUCGGUGGUGUGUAACCGCCAGCUGCGGACCGCCACCAACUACUUUGUCAUCAACCUGGCCAUCGCUGACCUGCUGCUGAGCACCACGGUGCUGCCGGUGUCCGCCACGCUGGAGGUUUUGGGUUACUGGGUGUUUGGUCGGAUCUUCUGCGACAUCUGGGCGGCGGUGGAUGUCCUCUGCUGCACGGCAUCCAUUAUGUCUCUAUGCGUCAUCUCCAUCGACCGCUACAUCGGCGUUCGCUACCCACUGCAGUACCCGUUGAUCGUCACCAAGAGGAGGGCGCUGCUCGGCAUGCUGGGCAUCUGGAUCCUCUCCUUCGUCAUCUCCAUAGGCCCGCUGCUAGGGUGGAAGGACCCACCCUCAGAGGACGAUACAGUGUGUCUGAUCACUGAGGAGCCUUUCUAUGCCCUCUUCUCCUCCCUGGGCUCCUUCUACAUCCCUCUGGGUGUCAUCUUGGCCAUGUACUGCCGGGUCUACGUGGUGGCCAAGCGAACCACGAAGAACCUGGAGGCCGGCAUGAUGAAAGACCGAGCCGAGGACUCCAACGAGCUUACCCUGAGGAUCCACUGCAGAAACCAGCAGAUCCAGGAACUCUGCACAUCCACCAAGUCUGGUGGGGGCGGACCCCCAACAGGGCGCAACGCGCUCACAUUAAAGCUGCUCAAGUUCUCCCGCGAGAAGAAAGCCGCCAAGACGCUGGGCGUGGUGGUGGGCAUGUUUGUCCUCUGCUGGCUGCCCUUCUUUCUGGUUCUCCCCAUAAGCUCUUUCGACAGCAACCUCCGUCCUUCUGAUACUCUCUUCAAAAUCAUCUUCUGGUUGGGUUACUUCAACAGCUGCCUGAACCCGAUCAUCUACCCGUGUUACAGCCGUGAAUUCAAACAGGCCUUCAUCCGGAUCCUGCGGUGUCGCUGGCGGAGGAAGCGUCCGGGCUGGCAGGCGUACUGUGGCUACCGCGGCCCACAGAGUUCCAACGGUUCCUCCGUUUUGAGCGGCAGCCAGCAGACCUUGUCCUCUGUCAGUCACAGCCCCUGCUUUUCCACCUCCAGGCACCGCCCUCUCUCCACCUCAGCGGGGAUGGGGCCGUCACCGCUCUCUGCGGGUGCCGGGGUGCAGCGGGGGUCGGCGACAGCGCGUGGAGCUAACGGUCUGAUCGUCACCAGAUAAGAAGAGCAGGCUCACCUGAUGCUUCAACCCUGUCACUCACAGGAAGUACUUUUGUGAAGACUUGGAAUGUCAUGUGAUCAACCUUGAGACCCACCUGUGAAAGUGGGUGGAGCUCGUCACAGAUGUGACACAAACACUCAAUACUCAAAUCCAGAAAGCUCAGAUGGAAAAUAAGAGCUGAAAUUCAAACUCAUGAACAACAACGUAGGAAAGAAACAUGUCUGAAGCGGUCAAACAUUGUUUUCUGUCAGGAACUACUGAUUCUGCUGUUAAAAUUCAGAUUAUCAGGAACUUACCAACAUGCCACCAACAGAAGCUGACAUUCAGCUUCAAAACUGUUGAAACGUUUAGUCAUUUGUAGGUUUUUUAAUAUCUGUUAAAAUACUGCAGAUAUUGAGGUAUGAACCAAGAAAUCAAACUAAAAGUUCCUUCUGCAUUUACUAUUUUAUUUAUGUUCAGAUGUUCAUCAUGUGUAAUUCUAUUUAUGAAGCCAUAAGAUCUCAAAGUUAAAUUGGUUUGAAACAAUACAAUUAUGUAUAUACACUUUUUCUCUGAAGUUAAGAGCACAGUAGAUAAAUAGAAAAGUAAAUCUACAUGUUAGAUAUUAAAUACUUUUGUCUUUUGUUUUUUAUAUUUACUUUUACAAAGUUCUUCAAGAAUCUCAACUAAAAUGUUAUAGCUUUUUUUGUAAUUCUGUCACUCUUAUUGUGAAAGUGAGACGAUACUUUGGGACUGUUAUGAAACAUUUUAGUCGUUAAAAGGACUUAUUGUGAUAGGAAGAUGUCUUUCUCCGUUUUGGUAUUUAAUUGUUAAUACGCGAUGCUCUGCUGCCACCUGGUGGACGCCAGAGGACCUGCAGCUGCUGUUCUGUACACAAAUGUUUUUUCUACGUCCGUCAUAAAUGUCACCUGAUACCAGGCGCGUUGGUUCUCUAAUUUUAUACAAGUAUCUACACCCAGUACUCGAGUUGAGGGUGGAUGAC